UCAGUGGACCUGUAUGCAUGCCAGAGAGCAGCUGUGCUUCAGAUAGUAAGCCUGUUUUGUCAGACAGCGUAAGAAGUGAUUGAGCCACAAGUCCAUUGGGGACAGGGCUUCCCUGGGCAAUGAUGUGAAGAGAGAAUCACCAGAUCAGAGAGCAAGGUCUGGGGCAGCCCUGGUGAGGAUGGCAGGGUUUGUAUGAAGUUCAAAGUGUACGCAGGAAGCAAGCCUUGCGUGGUACACCACUUGUUUCGUCACAGACUGUGAACCCAGCUGUUUCCGUUCAGCCCAGGGAAAGGAGAGGGACCUGCUAAAAAUGAGAGUUCCAGUGUUCUGGCUCAUCUCUUUCUUCAUAAUCACUGAGGGCGGUGAUGGCAUCUUGGGGGGAAAUGAGGAUAUCAAAACAAAAAGAGAGCUCAUUGUGAAUAAGAAAAGGCAUCCAGGCCCAGUGCAGGAAUAUGAGCUGCUGCUUCAAUUGUCCUAUAAAGAUUCCAAGGAGAAAAGAGACUUAAAGAAUUUGCUGAAGCUUUUGCAGCCUCCAUCAUUAUGGUUACAUGGGUCAAUGGAGAUUGUCAGAGCAAAGGCGACCACAUAUUGUGGCAACCGGAAUGGGGUCCUCCGGUGUGCUUGUGAAAAUGGCUACACCUGGUUCCCUCCGUCAUGCCUUGAUCCCCAGAAAUGCUACCUUCACGUGGCUGAAUCACCCCAGAGCUGUGACUGUCAUCCCAACAACCUCACCCAGAGUGUUAAUUUCUGUGAGAGAACAAAGGUCUGGGGCACUUUCAAAAUUAAUGAAAGAUUUACAAAAGACCUUUUGAAUUCAUCUUCUGCUAUGUACUCCAAAUAUACCACUGGAAUUGAAAUUCAACUUAAAGAAGCAUACAAAAGAAUUCAAGGUUUUGAGUCCGUUCGAGUCACCCAAUUUCGAGAUGGAAACAUCAUUGCUGGGUAUGAAGUUGUUGGCUCCAGCAGUGCAUCUGACCUGCUGUCCGCCAUGGAACAGGUGGCGGGGAAGGCUAAGGCAGGCCUUCGCAAGCUGUUUCCACUAGAAGAUGACUCUUUCAGAAUAUUUGGAGAAGUCCAGUGUAACGACAUUUUCUUUGGAUUUGGGUUUAACAAUGAUGAGUAUACUCUUCCCUGUAGCAGAGGCUAUACUGGAAACAUCACGGCCAAGUGCCAGCCCUUUGGGUGGCAGGUCAUCAGGGAGACAUGUGUGCUCUCUCAGCUGGAAGAACUGAAGAAGAAUUUCAGUGUGAUCGCAGGCAAUGCCACUGAGGCAGCCAUGUCAUCCUUGGUGCAAAAUCUUUCAGUCGUCAUUCAGCAAAACCCAUCAACCACAGCUGGGAAUCUGGCUUCAGUGGUUUCGAUUCUGGGCAAUGUCUCAUCCCUGUCACUGGCAAGCCAUUUCAGGGUGUCCAAUUCAACAAUGGAGGAUGUCAUCAGUAUCGCUGACCACAUCCUUAAUUCAGCAUCGGUAAACAACUGGACAAUAUUACUGCAGGAGGAAAAGCAUGCCAGCUCACAACUCCUAGAGACACUGGAAAACAUCAGCAUUCUGGUACCUCCAACAGCCCUGCCUCUGAAUUUUUCUCGGGAAUUCAUUAACUGGAAAGGAAUUCCAGUGUCUGAAAGCCAACAUAAGAUAGGUUACAACUAUCAGACUGAACUAUUCCCCCCAAAUACCUCCAUUCCCGUCAGAGGCCGUGUGAUAAUUGGAUCCGACCAAUUCCAGAGGUCCCUUCCAGAAACUAUUAUCAGCAUGGCCUCGUUGACCCUGGGGAACAUUCUACCCAUUACCAAAAACAGAAAUUAUCAUGUCAAUGGGCCCGUGAUAUCCACGCUUAUCCAAAACUAUUCCGUAAAUGAAAUUUUCCUGAUUUUUUCCAAGAUCGAUUCAAACUUGAGCCAGCCUCAUUGCGUGUUUUGGGAUUUCAGUCAUUUGCAAUGGGACGAUGCAGGCUGCCACCUAGUGAAUGAAACUCCAGACACGGUGAUGUGCCGGUGUACUCACCUGACCUCCUUUUCCAUGCUGAUGUCACCCUUUGUCCCCCCUGCCAUCACUCCUGUUGUGAAAUGGAUCACCUUUGUGGGACUGGGUUUAUCCAUUGGAAGUCUCAUUUUAUGCCUGAUCAUUGAGGCUCUGUUUUGGAAGGAGGUCAAGAAAAGCCAAACCUCGCACACACGUCAUAUUUGCAUGGUGAACAUAGCGCUUUGCCUCCUGAUUGCCGAUGUUUGGUUUAUUAUUGCUGCCAAUGUGAAGGCUACGGUAAACCCUUCUGGAAUCUGCAUAGCGGCAGUGUUCUUUACGCAUUUUUUCUACCUCUCCUUGUUCUUUUGGAUGCUCGUGCUUGGCAUCCUGCUGGCCUACCGGAUUGUCUUCGUGUUCCAUCACAUGGCCAUUUCUUUGAUGAUGGCUGUCGGGGUCUGCCUGGGCUACGGGUGUCCUCUCAUCAUAUCCGUCAUCACCAUUGCAGUCACGGAACCUAAUAAUGGCUACAGAAGGAAAGAUAGUUGUUGGCUUAACUGGUCCAGUGGCAGCAAACCCCUCUUGGCCCUUGCUGUUCCUGCACUGACCAUUGUGGCUGUGAAUUUGGUCGUGGUGCUCGUAGUUCUCACAAAGCUCUGGAGGCCCACUGUUGGAGAAAGACUGAGUCAGGACAACAAGGCCACUAUCGUCCGCGUGGGGAAGAGCCUCCUCAUCCUGACCCCUCUGCUGGGGCUCACCUGGGGCUUUGGCAUAGGAACAAUGGUGGACAGCCAGAAUGUGGUGUGGCAUGUUAUUUUUGCAUUGCUCAAUGCAUCCCAGGGUUUUUUCAUCUUAUGUUUUGGAAUGCUCUUGGACAGUAAGCUGCGACAACUACUGUUCAACAAGCUGUCUCCUUUAAACUCUUGGAAGCAAACAUCAAAGCAAAACUCAUCAGAUUUAUCUGCCAAACCCAAAGGUGCAAAGUUUUUCAACCCGUUGCAGCACAAAGGUAACACCCUGGGAGAAGAGAAAUUUAUCACCAAAGAGUACCAGCCCAAGUGAAUUUGGCAAGACCUUAUCUUGCUGGUGGGAAAAUAAACUCAAAUUUUCAAGAGUGUGAAGAUCAGUGUGCCAGGGAUUUGAUCAAGCAAAACUUUCAUAUUGGGGCAUUCAUUCUAUCCAGAUGGCUUAGAAAAGGCCUGUUUAAAGGUGAAGGUUAAAGGACUACAGAGGGCUGUGAAGGAGAGAGGGGCCCCUUCUGUAUAUUUCUAUUUCUUUUCCAUUAUCCUAGAGAAAAGUUUAAUGACAAGUAGAACGAAAUAUAGCUCAGGCAAAAGAAAUUUCUAAAGGAAGAAUGCUGAAGAGUUACAAACCUCAAGAAAUUUCUAAUUAUUUUUUUCUCAUGAACAUAAAAUGGGCUUUAAAGUAUAUGAAAAAGCAUUAUAUUAUGCUAAGCGAAAUAAGUCAGACUGAGAAAGACAAAUACCAUAUGAUCUCACUUCUGUGUGGACUCUAAAGAACAGAAUGAGCAAACAAAACAGAAAUACACUCAGAGAUACAGAGAAAAAGCUGAUGGCUGCUAAAAGGGAGGGAGGUUAGGGGAUCGGGAGAAGGUGAAGGGAUUAGAAAGUACAAACUGGUAGUUACAAACUAGUCAUGGGGAUAUGAAAUACAGUGUGGGGAAUAUAAUCCGUAAUGUUGUGAAGAUUGUGUAAAGUGCCAGAUGGGCGC